CUAAUCAUAGAUAGUUGUUGUUGUUUUUACUAACUCAACUAAUUUGAGGUUAGUUCUAUUAGUUCAUUAGUUGUUAUAUUCAUAUGCUAUUUACUUAACCAUUUAUUUAAUAAAUAAUAAAAUGGUUAUCAACAUUAACCUGGAUAAAGCUGCUGGGGAAUUGGAAGUACAAGAACUAGAGGCCCCAAAUGGUGUAGCUUCUCCUCAUGUCUACGAAAGAUUACUUGCAAUUUAUUUAUGCCAAAAUGAUUUAUGUAACGCAAAGUUUCUUUGGAAGAGAAUACCGGCAAGUGUAAAGACAGCUGCGCCCGAAUUGGCUAGUAUUUGGGCUGUAGGUCAGCAAAUGUGGAAACGAGACUUUCCUGCAAUUUACAAUGCAUUAAAUUCUGUUACAUGGAGUGAAAAUGUUGCUGACAUCAUGAGAGAGGUUCAAGAGAUUACUCGUUUGAGGGCAGUGGAUUUAAUAACAAGGGCUUAUUCCUCAAUUUCUCUGGAUGCAGUGGCCCAUAUGACUGGACUUACGUCUGAUGUUGCAAAUAAAGCUUGUUCGGAAAAAGGAUGGCAAAUUGAGGCUGAUACAAAUAUAGUUCAUCCUGUACGUUCGAGUACUGUUAUUAUUGGACAAAAUUCAAGUGAGGAUCAACUUUACAGACUCACAGACUUUGUCUCAUUUUUGGAAAAUUAAUCUUUCCUUAAUUACAGUUAUUCAAUAAGUUUGUUUUAUAAUAAAUAGUUGUAUUAUUUAUUUACAGUUAU